UUAACUGAUUGAAAUUAACGAAAAUGGCGAUUAAAACAUACGACAAUCGGCACAUCUGUACCAUCGAAACAACGCGCAUAUCGCAGGCCGAAGAACAGGCCCUUCCCAAGCGCGAAAAAUUGAUGAACUACUUGAAAAGUCUACGAUUCGCUUCGGAUCGCCAUCCUUCGACGGAGAAGCAUCUGAAGAGCACCUAUCAACUUUCGAAAGAAAACGAACGCCUGGCGCGGUCCUUUCCGGCCUUCAUUAUCCACCCGUUUAGUCUGCUCCGGGUGUACAUGGAUAUCGUGAUCUUCAUCGUUAUGAACCUGCAUCUGGUACUCCUCCCGUUCGCGUUCAGUUUUCUGGCCUUCCUACCCCACCCGAUUCGGCACACGGUGGAGUAUGUAGACUUGGCUUUGUGUGGCUUGCUGUUCGCAGAAUUCGUCCUCAAAUUUUGCACCGGAUACGUUAUACUGGAAACGAACGAAAUCGUGCUGGACCCCAGAAGGAUAUUCUUCAACCGUCUGCGUCCAUUCCGUUUGGUUUACGAUCUACUGUUGUUCCUGCCAUAUAUUUUGGUGCUGGAAGUGUUCGAUCAUUGGGUCUACGGCGCUGGGGCGGAAGCUUGCCUUAUGUUCGUGUCAUUCCUAUAUCUGUCCAACAUUGCCCGGUUUAGGGAUAGUAACCGCUACUUCCGAGUGAUUCCGCGAUGUAUGCAAGUGUCGGAAAGCAGAAUACGCAUCGUGCAGGUGAUCCUCAACACACUGUACGUACUCCAUUGGACCACGUGCUUGGGGUACAUUAUACCACUGCUGCUCGGGAUACGAUCCCCCUCAGAUGAUAGUGACCACUGGCUUCUACUGGAUGGCAUGUCGCAGGACUUCCAGCGUGCGAAUCGCACCAUGGUGCUACGUUCCGCGACGGAUCCUUUCGUACGACUAAGGCUCAAUGACAUCCAAACGAACUCUUCCGCUAGCUAUCGUUACUUCCGGAGCAUGAUGGCGACGAUCCGGGUUGGCCUGGCAUCUUGCGACCGGAAGGACCUCGAGCAACACUUCAUGUACCAGUGGAUCAUGUGGCUGGUGAUGUUUCUCGGUUGGAUCUGGUUUAACUACGUACCGAUCGUGCUGUGUCGGGUCUUUGAUUCUCCCGAAAUGGCCACCGACCAGUAUGACAAGUUCGUUGACAAUCUGAAGGCGUACGCGUACAACAAACGCCUCAGCAGCGAGUUGGAGCGCGAACUGCGAGCCAACUUUGCCGCCCGCUUCCGAACGAGCUACUUCGACGAGGAGCUGAUCAUGGGACUGUUCCCGAAGAACCUGCGCAGCAGCAUCCGCAUGGAAACGUGCCGUCAUCUGGUCGGCAGUGUGGAUUUGUUCAAGAACCUUCCGUACUUCAUACUGGCCGACAUAGUGAACUGCCUGCAGCUGGAGGUGUACUUGGAGCAGGAUGUGAUCAUCGAGGCCGGUAGCUACGGCGAUUCGAUGUACUUCCUGGCGGCCGGCACUGUUGCGGUGUACGCGAUGAAUGGAAAGGAGCUUGGCCAUUUGACCGAUGGGGCCUACUUUGGGGAGAUUUCGCUCGUCCAACGGAACCAACAGCGAACGGCCAACGUGGUUGCGCUGGAGCAGUGCGAAAUUUAUCGUUUGUCCCACGAGGACUUUCAAAACGUCAUCAAACCUCACACGUAUCUUCUGAACCGCAUUCGCAAACAGGCAGCACAGCGCUUGUCCAUGAUGAAGCGAAAAAGGGAUAAAAUGUACGGCAAGAAGAUCAUAGAGGCGUUUUUGCAGUGAAGGCGAAUAAAAGCGUCUUGAUGAUUAAAUUGUCCAACCUUUACCAUCGGGGAACGUUCUGAGUGCGGAAAACCGUCCGUUUACCAUCAA